CUGAUUGAAAUUAGAAAAUGAAAAUGCUGCAGUGGCUGCUAGUGCUGGUGGUAGCACAUACUGCAAAGGCUCAGGAGGCAGACAGCUUUGGUAGAUAUGAUUACGACAGAUAUGGAUACCGAGUGUAUAGAUACUGUUUAUGUUCAGAUAUGAAUACCUAGUGUAUAGAUACUGUUUAUGUUCAGAUAUGGAUACCGAGUGUAUAGAUACUGUUUUGACCGGUAUGCCCGACCUGAGAACCAGUGUAAGUCAGGGUACGGACGAGGAGUAGGGUAUCCCAGCAGUUACUAUAAUGAUCCGUACAUCAAUAGAUAUGACGACUUCUCUGGCAGAAACAAUGCCAACACUGGGACAGGCACAGGAAGCAACGCAAACAGCGGAACUGGGAAUGGGUUUCGAGAUAACGACUACUAUGGGAGUACUGGCAGUAGGAAUGGAGUAUAUGCUGGGAAAGGAAGGUUCCGUGAGUAUGGUGCAGAUGUGGAACUGAUCUGUGAGUUUCCACGUGGAACAAAUAUAGUUUCAAAUAUUGUUUGGGAACGCGUUCCAAGCAGCCCUGGAGACAGGCGGUAUCCAGUCUACCAACAGGACUGGAUGGGGUCAAGAAUGCAGGUUCGCAGAAUCGGAGAUUACGGUUCUAAACUUAUCAUCAACGGCUGGGAUGAAAGAGAUAGAGGAGAAUACAGAUGUACAGCAAGUCGUUCCAGUACAGGGUACAGCAGAUAUUCAGAUACAGUCUAUAUGGUGGUAGAUUUCUAUCCUCCAGGAUAUGGACCAGGAUACAGUGAUUACUCUAGAUACAAUAAUUAUGAUUCUCAUUUUUCACGAGAUAGUUACUAUCCUAACUACAGGAGUCUUCUUCUAACUGCAACCAAGGAGAAAAUAGUUUCCGAAGAUGAACAUGAAAAAGAUAUUGAGAAAACUAGAAAAUAAAGAAAAUAAUGAAAAAUGAAUCCUCUACAAUUCUCUCAUAAUACUUGCACUUAUACUUUCAACAAAUAAAAUUAUUCUAAAUUU